AUGGGCAAUACGGCGGUCAUGCGGUGUCACAUCCCGGCCUUUGUCAGGGACUACCUAACCAUCACGGCCUGGAUCGAGGAGCCCACCGGCCGGGUAGUGCAGCCCACGGGCACCAUCGUUGGCAACCAGUCCUCCCGUUACCUAAUGCUACAGAGCGGGGAACUGUACAUCAGGAACGUUGACUCGACUUUCAAUCACAGGACUUAUAAAUGUCGGGCACGUAAUCGACUCACUGGCGAGACGUUCACCAGCGUGGUUCGCCAAAACUUUGUGAUCGAAGUGUACGACGAGUUCCCAGUGAUGGGCAAUACGGCGGUCAUGCGGUGUCACAUCCCGGCCUUUGUCAGGGACUACCUAACCAUUACGGCCUGGAUCGAGGAGCCCACCGGCCGGGUAGUGCAGCCCACGGGCACCAUCGUUGGCAACCAGUCCUCCCGUUACCUAAUGCUGCAGAGCGGGGAACUGUACAUCAGGAACGUUGACUCGACUUUCAAUCACAGGACUUAUAAAUGUCGGGCACGUAAUCGACUCACUGGCGAGACGUUCACCAGCGGCUCCUCUGGAAAGUUGAUUGUGACGGAAUCGCAUUCGUUUGUGAGCCCCAGAAUCACAGAAUCCAAGUACCAGGUUAACUCUAUCAAGGGUGAGACAGUAGCCCUACCAUGUUUGGCACAGGGAUGGCCACUACCGAAGUACAAAUGGUUCAAAAAGGAUGGCGUCGAACGCAUAUCCCUGGCCGCCAACGACCGGGUCGACCAAAUGGACGGCAUACUCGUCAUUAGGGACGUCUCCCCGUCCGACUCCGGUAUCUAUCAGUGUAUUGUGAACAACACGAUCGCCGAGGAGAAGGUCGAGACAGAGCUCACCGUCAGAAUUCCGCUAUCCAUACAACUGCUACCGGAGCGCCAAUCGGUGGACGUGGGAAAGGCAGCCCUUUUUAAUUGCAGCGUUUCUGGACACCCGAUCAAUACGAUUAUUUGGGAGAGAAAUCAUCGGAGGCUUAAGUCGGGAUUUAACGCCGAUAUCCGAUUCAUUGCCAAAGAUUUAAUACACAUCGAUGCAGUUAAUAAAGAGCACCGGGGAAUGUAUCAGUGUUUCGCAUCCAAUGACUUCGAGUCAGUCCAGGCGUACGCCGAACUACAAUUGGGAGACGAUCCUCCGGAGUUUCGUGAAGUAUUCCCUCAGCAAACAUUGGACCCUGGUCCUUCACUAUCAUUAAAGUGCAUCGCCGGUGGAACUCCAUUACCGCAGAUCACGUGGCAAUUGGACGACUCACCCAUUCCUGAGAGCCUUAGAGUUCGUUUCGGGGAUUACGUAACGAAAGACGGACUCGUUAUUAGUUAUGUGAACAUAAGCGAAGUGCGAGUCGAGGACGGCGGCGGAUACGCCUGCAAAGCGGAUAACGGUGUGGCCAGUAUUGAACAUUUCGCCAAAAUUAAUGUUUUGGGACCACCAGUGGUGAGACCGAUGAGGAAUAUUACAGUUGUCGCCAGCGAGCCAUUAAUUGUCAGAUGUCCUGUCGGGGGAUAUCCACUGGAAAGCAUUACUUGGGAAAGAGCGGGCCAUCACUUGCCGUACAAUCACCGCCAGAAAGUGCACGACAACGGCACUCUCGAGGUCUACCACAUCGAGAGGGCCACCGAUGAGGGCCUAUACACCUGUGUCGCCAAGAAUAAGAAGGGACAGACGGCUCAGAGCACUGUCUACGUCCGCGUCCACAUUAAGCCAGUGAUCGAAGCGUUCGCAUUCCCGACGUCCUUACGUGAGGGCCAGCGCUCGUCCAUCUUAUGUACGGUCAGCAGCGGAGAUAUGCCAAUUACCCUUCAGUGGUUUAAAGAUAAUGUGCCAAUUAGCCAGCAUAAAGGGGUCCGGGUUAAUGAAGUGGUCGAUUACUCAUCCACGUUAUUAUUCGAGUCAUUAACACUGGACCAUAAGGGCAACUACACUUGCAUCGCGACCAACACUGCCGGCACCGUUAGCCACACGACCUCAAUGGUCAUUCAC